AUGUUGGCUUCUUCUUUGACGACGAUGGAGGAAUCUCCCGGUAACUCAUCGGAAAUUAUUCUACUUCCUCCUGGUUUUAGGUUCCACCCUUCUGAUGAAGAACUCAUAGUUCAUUACUUGAAGAACAAAGUUACUUCCAGGCCACUUCCUGCUUCUAUUAUAGCUGAGAUUGAUUUAUACAAGUAUAAUCCAUGGGAGCUUCCAGCUUUGUUUGGAGAAGAUGAAUGGUAUUUUUUCUCUCCAAGGGAUCGGAAGUAUCCGAAUGGAGGGAGGCCUAAUCGAGCGGCGGUAUCGGGGUAUUGGAAGGCGACCGGAACCGAUAAACCGAUCCUAACAUCGUGUGGAACCAAGAGUAUUGGAGUGAAGAAAGCGCUGGUAUUCUACAAAGGACGCCCACCUAAAGGUACCAAGACUGAGUGGAUCAUGAACGAGUAUAGACUCCUCGAAACCAUGAUUUGGACUCCUAAACGAAAAGGGUCUAUGAGGUUAGAUGAUUGGGUGCUUUGUCGAGUGAGGCAAAAAGCCAACAACAUACAAAGAAACAUUACAAAUGAAGAACCAGAUAGCUUCUAUGUCCCCAACCCCAAUGAGCUAUGGCCUUCACGUGUUGAAACGGCUAAAACCUAUCUAUUCAAUGACUGCCCUAUGUUACCCUACAUGUUUGCAUCUCAAGACCUCCCCAAUUGCUUUGAUGCAGCCUCAAGCAUCAGCUUCCAAGGAAGUGACAGAUCUGGUACAUCAGUCCAGGAAGCCAAUUCUGAUAACAAGAAUCUGCAGAUUUCGUUUUCAUCUCCAAAAAAUCUCUUUAACCCUUUGAAGAGAGAGUCCAUGGAAGGUACCCAGACCACUAGUUUCGUCCCAUCCAGCAACAAGAAGCUCAGGGAGAAUGAUAACAUUUACAGAUCAAACCACUUGGAAAAUGGUGACUUCAGUCCAGAUCAAUGGAGUUCAAUCAUGCAGGAUCAAGAACUUAAUCUCCUGGAUUUCACUGAAACUGAGUAA